GAUACUUUUCUCUUGUGCCCGUUCACACGUGCCGUACGUCAAAACGUUCCGUGCCGUUGAUGUUGUGUGUGAAUGCCUCCAUUUAACUGCAUGUAACUUAUCCUGACGAAACGGUGACGUUCCAUUCCGUUGACGUUGACGGAAGCUGGUGUAUCGUCUGAAUCGUCCUUAACGCUUGGUGAUGUUCGUUAUCCAAAGCCGGUUGAAAAAAAAAAUCAACGCUCGCUGGAUCGAAAAUCUUCCGCAGAAGUUGAGCAAAUAUGCCAAGCCUAUGUUAAAGAUCAGCACGUUCAAUACAGGCGCAGUCUACUGAGAGCUACCGAUCAGAGUAAAAGCAUUUGCCGAGAAUCUGUGCGGAGUUUUAUUUGUUCUAUCGGUUUAUUAAGAUUCUUCGGGUAAUUCCGAGUGAGGUUCCAUCAUGAACAUGGAGAAAGCGGAAUAUCAGAAUGAUGUCGUGAAGCAGCCUCCACCAUUGUAUUUGCCCCCCACAGGGCCACCAAUCAGUAAGCAGCCCUUUCCAUGCGAGACCGUGCCACCGCUUGAAUUUACCAACUGCCCAGGAGGACUAGAAUCACUGCUCGAUACCGAAGUCAUGAAGUUUAAACAAGAAAUCAACUGGCUGCAAAUCUUCUGCGGCGUCGAUAUGCGCAUCAAUUUCGACCUGUCGAACCAACACGACACGAUGAUCUUCCGCAUGGAAGAGACGGAAGAUUGCUGCAUGAGAAAUUGCGUUCCUCAUGGUUUUCGAACUGGCUCGAAAAUGAUCAAACCAGAUGGCUGGUUGGCUUUGCAGUUUAACCGGGAAGGACGCUGUGUAUUCAACUGUUGCACACCAUGCUGUUGCUAUCCGCUGCCGUUCAGCAGCGAACGGUUGUCCGUUCGGGCGGCAAAUGGUGUACUGUUGGGCGUCGUACAACAGGACUGGUCUAUUUGGACGUCGCGGUUCAGUGUUCUGGAUGCUGAAGGAAAGACGGUGCUGAAAAUUGAAGGUCCCAAAUUGAACUUUGCUUGCUUUGGUGACAUUCAGUACAGAAUCGUUGCACUGAACGGUUCUGAGGUGGGAAGCAUUACGAAGCACUACGCGGGAUUUGUUUGCGAUGCUUGUGCCGAUUUCGAUGAUUUCACCAUCAACUUUCCACGCGACUUGGAUGUCACCGUGAAAGCUACGCUGCUUGGUGCCGUCAAUCUGAUAAACUUCCUAUUCUUCCAAGGAUCUUUGCGACGGUUGGCAAUCGGAGUUUGUUUUGGAUCACUGCGCGUUGCAGUCAACCCUAGAUGAAAUAAAAAAUGUACUCUGCUUAUCGUGAGUAUGAAAACGUCUUCACAUCAUACUGCGAAAGAUCGAUGCGAAAUAAAAUAUUGAUAUUUG